AUGGCGUCCAACAUCAGCGAGAUACCCCUCCACGAGGAGAGCGAGGAGGACGUCGAAGACGAGGAGCAGCAGCACCGACCGCGCGCGGCUGUCCAUCUACCUGGCCACCCGGAUCGGGCAGCUUCCGAUGACGGGCAGCCACCGGAUGGCGGGUUGACCGAUAGCGGGGAGGCGUCGAAUCUGCCAAGGAAAAGGAUAAGCUCAGUCUCGUUCGCCGAGGGCUCCUCUUCCCCUUCGGCCUCGCCCGAAGCUCGCAAGGUGCCCGCGGCGGGCGCGGGGACGCGGACGGGACCGCGGCCCGUUCCGCGUAGCAGCUCGUCGCUGCGCCACGUCCAGUCUCGCUCGCGCACCACGGGCUUCGGCGCACCCCUGCCCGAGGACCGCGACCCGAGUCAGCUCGCCAUGCCAGCGGAUCCGAGCGACAGCACCGUAGCCAGGCAGGUCGACUACCAGAGGCGAAAGGCCGCCCCUUAUGCCAACGACGAGGGCUUCGACGAGUCAGACGGCGAGGACCCAGCCGACGACGACGGCGGUGGCCAGGUCGAUCGCGACGACUACUUUUCUCGUGGGAGACUCAACGUCAAGAAGGACAAGGCGGACAAGGCAGCCGCGUCCAGCGCCCUCGACCAUUACUCGAGCCUCGACGACCACACGGACGAGACCGACGACGACCACGACUUUCCAGACGCCUUUCGCCAGCAGCGCGCCACGGCACCACCGCAGGCUCCCGGCCGCGCGCAGCUCUCGGCGCCCGAUGCUCACCGCGCGGCGAAAUCGGCUCGGAGCCCAAACGGGCUGCUGCCGCCCGUCGAUCCGGCCAGCGUCAGCACUCCGGGCCCUGUAUUCCCGUGCGACCUCAACACGCCCAUGGAGCUGACGCCCGGCGAGCUGCCCGCCGUCAACGUCCAGCAGCGCAUGGAGUGGCAGACGAUGCUCGCCUCGGUCCUCGACUCCGAGGUGCUCAAGUCCGAGACCAAGCGGAUCAAUUCGGUCGACACGCCCGACCUGACGCGCACCGAGCUCUCGUACCGCCGCUGGCUCGACAUCCGCGCCACGCUGCGGGGCCGCGGCCUCCACCGCGGCGCCAUCGAGGAGGAGGAGAAGCGCCUCAGCGAAGGGUGGGCCAAGAUGCUGCGCGACCUCAUCGACGAGAUCAGGCAGUUUCGCCAGGAGCAGAUCGAGGCCUCGAAGCUGCAGCCGGCGCCCAAGUCGCCCAGGGACGCCGUCAGCGCCGACUCGGACGCCGUGGCGAGCAGCAGCGAGGGCGCAGGCCACGACCCUGACUCGGCGAAACCGGGCGCGCCCACCGCCGAUGCGGACAAGGACAAGGACAAGGUGCUGCACGACGUCGGCGCGCUACUGGAGCGGAUCGACAGCGCAGAGGAGCAGUUCCCGUCGGUGCGCAAGGCCAAGGAGGUGGUGCCCGAGUGGGCCGACGAGGCGGUCCAAGCGAAGCUCGAUGCCCUCAUCAGCUGGUAUACGACGACCACCAGCCUGCAGCAGCAGAUCGGCAUCCUCCGCAAGUGGACGGGCAGCGAGACGCUGGACAUCUCGGAGCACCGCCAGCGCGCAUCGGCCGCCGACGCCUCGACCGACGACGCCGCCGGCGACCACUCGGGCGACCACCACGACGCCGACAAUGCGCCCGAGAUUGACGACAGCACCUUUGUCGAGCGGAUCCAGAAGGAGGGGAGCCUCCAGUCGACGUUCGAGACGCGCACCCUGUCGAGCCUGUACCAGCUCAUCACCAAGGCCAAGGCCACCAUCCUCGAGCACCACGAGGCGUUCCGCAGCAUGGCUCUGCCGUCGUUCGAGCCGGAGCUCGUCACGCUGAUCAACUUCCCGACGCGGCUGAUGCAGGGCGCGCUCAGGCUGCGCCUCGACUACGCGGGCAAGCUGUCCGAGCCGAGCGUGCUCAUCGUCGACUCGCUCACCGACGACGUGCGGACGGCGUUGGCGAUGGCGUGCCGCGUCAAGAUGCAGUACACCAAGAUCAUCGUCGCCGACCCGGCGCGGGGCUGGGACCUGACGCCGUGCAUCGCCGAAGGCUACGACGAGGUGCUGCGCGACGCGCUCAAGUUCUUCUUCCGCCUGCUGCGGAUGAAGCUGCGGGCGAGCACGUUUUUCAAGGAGACCGAGAUCCUCGAGCCCGAGUGGCGCUUCCUCAGCACCGCCGUCGAGUCGAUCGAGGGCGGAGAUACGAUCGUCGCCACCAACAUCACCCAGUUCGUCAACAAGCUGUUCAAGCGGAUCUCGCGCUACUUCAACCGCGAGCUCACGGCCACGUUCAGCAGCAAGGGCGAGGAGAUGGCCAAGCGGAUGCCGAACCCGGCGUCGGGCCCCGUCGGCCUCGCCUCGGGACCGGACGGAUCCGGCGGCGGGCACGCUGCGGGCGCCGGUCUGGCCAAGGGCAAGAGCCUUGUGACGCUCGAGGACCGGGCGCGCUGGAUCCACUCGGUGUUUGACAGCGUGCGCAUCCGCAGCCGAAAGCUGCUGGGCUUCGCCAGGGACAUCCGCAACCGCCUCGACAACGCCGCCGAGUACGACCUCGGCACGCUGCGACCCGCAUCCGACAACGCCGCCGACGCCGCCGCUUCUUCUCCGUCGCACGACGAGUCGGAAGGGACGGCGCCCUCGAAUGCCAUGGGCCUGGCCGAAUUCAUGCAGACGCUCAUCGACCACGACUACUUCCUGGUCUACACCGAGUCGCUCGAGGAGAAGGGAAUCUACCUCAUCGCCGAGCCGAGCCUGCAGGAUAAGCCAGAGCUGAUCCGCGAGAUGCUCUGCAAGUGCCUUCACCGCGUGCGCCCCAGCGACGAAGACUCUGCCCUGGCAGCCGAGGCCAACGCGACCGCCAACGCCAACGUCCUCAACCCGGAGGGCGACGACCACGACGACGCGAUCCAGAUGUCCGGCUCGCGCGACAACAUCGAGCAGGCCGGGUCCGUCACCGGCGACGACGACGAGCGGGCCCGCUACCUGCUGCUGCUCAGCCCGCGCGAUCCGUUCAUGUGGACGGGCAAGGUGAUGCAUCACGUCAUGCCCAAAGUGGACAUCUCGCUGGCCGACCGCAGAUUGCGCCUCGUCGCCGACGGUCCCAAAGGGCGGCUCGAGCUGUGCAAGCGCCACUUCCAGGCCGUCUUCUCGUCUGAGCCGGCGGGCGGCCCCGCCGGUGGCAGCGUCGUCGUCAACGGCAAGGGCGACGACAUCUCGGACGACGGCUCGACGUCGUUCCCGCUCGAGACGCUCAACGACCACAUGGCCCACAUGGGACGGAUCCAGGCUGGCCUCGAGGAGAUCAACAAGGGCGUCUACCUCCUUUCGGACACCAUCAUCCGAAAGGUGCCCGAGAUCCGGCGGCGCCUCCGCGGGCUCAGCGCCAAGCAGAACCGCAACCAGACACCCAAGAGCACGACGACGGACAAUGUCCAGGUCAGCGCGAGCGGCGACUGCGACGAGCUGAUCCAGAACAGCUACAGCAUGGCCGCCGAGCAGGGGCGGCGAGCGCUGCCGUUCAUCGAGUCGGUGCGGCUGCGCAACCAGAUGACGCUGGCGCUCGCGAGGCUGGCCAUCGACUGGGUCGCCUUCAUCUGCGACGACUGCGUGCCCAGCGAGCGUAAGACGUUCAAGUGGGCAGUCACGGCCCUGGGCAACGCCAACUACAUCACGUCGUCCGAAAACAUCUUCCGGAUCACCCAGGCCGACUUUGCCCUGCUGCGGAGCAAGGUGGCCAGCUGCAUGGCGCUCCUCAUCUCGCACUUUGACAUCCUCGGCGCGAGGAGCAGCGUGGCCAAGGCGCAGGCCGAGCAGGAGCGCCUCGAAAAGGAGCAGGCGGACCGCAAGCGGCUGGCGGCGUCCAACCAGGCCUUCAGCGACGACCUCCACCAGGUCCAGGUGUACGGCGCCGACCGGACGGGGCAGGCGCUGCUGCGGCUCGGGCCGGGCAUCGGCGCGCAGCACCGGCUCAACAAGCUCGACACGGCGAUGCAGGCGACCGAGGAGCGGUGGGUGCUCAAGGUGCGCGAGUGGGACCAGGCGCGGCAGGAGCUCGAGUCCGAGCAGCGCGUCAUCGGCCGCGUCCUCGACGACACGCGGCUCGAGGACCGCAGCCUCCAGUUCCUCGCGCAGUCGGCUAGCAAGGUCACCAUCCGCUGGCAGCAGGGCCAGUUUAUCGGCGGCGGCACCUUUGGCACCGUCUACCUCGCCGUCAACCUCGACUCGGGAGGCCUCAUGGCCGUCAAGGAGAUCCGCUUCCAGGACAUCUCGUCGACGCCGGGCCUCUACAAGCAGAUCAAGGACGAGAUGCACGUCAUGUCGAUGCUCAGCCACCCCAACAUCGUCGAGUACUACGGCCUCGAGGUCCACCGCGACCGCGUCUACAUCUUCGAGGAGUACUGCCAGGGCGGCAGCCUCGCGGCGCUCCUCGAGCACGGGCGCAUCGAGGACGAGACCGUGAUCCAGGUGUAUACGCUGCAGAUGCUCGACGGCCUCGUCUACCUGCACUCGAAGGGCAUCGUCCACCGCGACAUCAAGCCGGACAAUAUCCUCCUCGACCACAUGGGCGUCAUCAAGUUUGUCGACUUUGGCGCUGCCAAGGUGCUCGCCAAGAACUCGCGCACCAUCCAGCGCAGCCGCCGGCCCGGCGUCGUCGGGCCCGGGGGCCUCGGGGGUGCCGGCAUGAUUGGGCCGGACGGCAAGCCCGUCGGCGCCGCGGCGGCCAUGCAGAGCCUGCAGGGCACGCCCAUGUACAUGAGCCCCGAGGUCAUCAAGGGCGAGAACCGAGGCCGGCGCGGCGCCAUGGACAUCUGGUCGCUCGGAUGCGUCGUGCUCGAGUUUGCCACGGGCCGGAGGCCCUGGAGCCAGCUGGACAACGAGUGGGCCAUCAUGUUCCACAUCGGCAUGGCCCAGCAACAUCCGCCGCUGCCCGACCCCAGCCAGCUCAGCGAGCUCGGCAUCGACUUUAUCCGCAGCUGCCUCGCCAUCGACCCCUACGAGCGCCCCUCGGCGGCCGAGAUGCGCGAGCAUCCGUGGAUCAAGAACUUUGUCGACGAGCUCAACGCCGCCAAUGCAGCCGAGCUCGAGUCCGAGGCGGCCGGGACCGCCUUUGCCGAUGGACAGAGCGAGGCCUCGUCGCACAGCUUCGCGCCCGUCAAGGCCACCAACGGAACCGCUGGCGUGGCCGCGGCGGCUGCGACUCCCGGCGUCCGGACGCUCAACAACCUCAAUGCCGACCGCUCCGCGCUGUCGUCGCUGUCGUCGAGCAUCUCUGAUUUCUCCCGCUCGCGUCCGGACACGGGCUCAGCCGGAGCCGCGGCGACCUCGGCGGGCACGUCGAUGUCGGUCCACAAUGCUGCCUCGUUCCGGCGAGCGCAGCAGCAGCAGCACGAGCAGAAGCAGCACGCGGCCGGAUCCUCGCCCUCUGCAGACGACGCGGCCGGCGACGAUCUCAUCGCGCACGAACAUCCGAUGUCGCCCGGAUUCUACACCGACGACGAGGCGAGGAAGCCGAGCAUGGAACGACUGAGCUCGGACCUGCAGGUCGACCUGGAGCAGCUUCCGCCGAGCGAGGCAUUCGACGGCGAGGCCCUCGACCUCUCGCCGACGCCGGACCGGGCGGGACACCCGGACCACCGCCACCCGGGCUACCAGGCCCUGGUGGCCGACAUGCAGUACCGCAAGGAGGAGAGGGAGAUCAACGAGCUGCGCCAGGCCGACGCGGGCGGCGACGAGGACCUCGAGGGCGGCGAGUACGACGACGUGGCGGCGGCCGAGCUCGACGAGACUGACCUCGACCCUUACGUCGAGCCGCCGGAGGACGUCGAGUGA